AUGGAUUCUAACCAAUCGAAAAGAGGAGGUUCAACGAAAUCACCAUGUCAAACUCCACGUUCGACUGAUAAGUCAAAUCGAGAUCUCAGAACAUUUGACUCAAACUCUAAUCCAGCUACCAAGAAUGAGAAAGAAAAGGGUGUGAAUAUACAAGUUAUUGUUCGUUGCAGACCUUUUAAUUCGGAGGAGACGAGGUUACAAACACCUGCGGUGCUUACCUGCAAUGACCGGAAAAAGGAAGUGGCGGUUGCACAGAAUAUUGCUGGGAAGCAGAUUGAUAAAACAUUUUUGUUUGACAAGGUUUUUGGGCCAACAUCCCAACAAAAGGACCUGUAUCAUCAGGCAGUUUCUCCAAUUGUAUUUGAGGUUCUUGAUGGGUAUAAUUGCACAAUCUUUGCAUACGGGCAAACAGGAACUGGAAAGACAUACACAAUGGAAGGAGGGGCAAGAAAAAAGAAUGGAGAAAUCCCGAGUGACGCUGGUGUUAUCCCUAGAGCAGUAAAACAGAUAUUUGACAUACUGGAAACACAAAGUGCUGCUGAAUACAGCUUGAAAGUUUCAUUUCUUGAGCUCUACAAUGAAGAAUUAACGGACCUUUUAGCACCGGAAGAAACAAAAUUCACAGAUGAUAAAUCAAAGAAACCUCUGGCCCUUAUGGAAGAUGGAAAAGGUGGUGUUUUUGUCCGAGGAUUGGAAGAAGAAAUAGUUUCUACUGCUGAUGAGAUUUACAAAGUCUUGGAGAAAGGGUCAGCCAAAAGACGCACAGCAGAGACUCUUCUCAACAAACAAAGUAGUAGAUCUCAUUCAAUAUUUUCGGUUACAAUCCACAUUAAGGAAUGUACUCCCGAGGGGGAAGAGAUUGUCAAAAGUGGAAAGCUAAAUCUAGUUGAUCUUGCUGGUUCCGAGAAUAUUUCACGAUCUGGUGCUCGAGAGGGUAGAGCCAGGGAAGCUGGCGAGAUCAACAAAAGUUUGCUCACACUUGGACGUGUCAUAAAUGCUUUGGUUGAACACUCUGGUCAUAUUCCAUAUAGAGAAAGCAAGUUGACACGAUUAUUGAGAGACUCAUUGGGAGGAAAAACAAAAACAUGCGUAAUUGCUACAGUUUCACCCUCUGUCCAUUGCUUGGAAGAAACACUCAGUACCCUUGAUUAUGCACACCGUGCAAAACACAUCAAAAAUAAACCAGAGGUUAACCAGAAGAUGAUGAAAUCAGCUAUUAUGAAAGAUUUGUAUUCCGAAAUUGAACGUUUGAAGCAAGAGGUCUAUGCCGCAAGGGAGAAAAAUGGAAUUUAUAUUCCAAAGGAGAGGUAUACGCAAGAAGAAGCGGAGAAAAAGGCUAUGGCUGAAAAGAUAGAGCAAAUGGAAGUAGACGGUGAAGCUAAAGACAAGCAAAUUGUUGUGCUUCAAGAGCUGUACAACUCCGAACAGCUUGUAGCUGCUGGAUUGAGAGAGAAGCUUGAUAAGACUGAGAAAAAGCUCUGGGAAACUGAACAAGCAUUGCUAGAUCUCGAAGAGAAACAUAGACAGGCAGUUGCAACAAUUAAGGAAAAAGAGUACUUGAUAUCCAAUCUCCUUAAAUCUGAGAAAACACUUGUUGACCGUGCUGUCGAGCUUCAGGCAGAAUUGGAAAAUGCAGCAUCUGAUGUUUCCAACUUGUUCGCCAAAAUUGAGAGGAAGGACAAAAUUGAAGACAGUAAUAGAUCGCUUAUUCAAGCCUUCCAGUCACAACUACUACAGCAACUUGAGCUAUUAAACAACAGUGUUGCAGCUUCAGUGACCCAGCAAGAAAAACAGUUGCUAGACAUGGAAAAAGUUAUGGCAUCUUUCGUAUCUGCAAAGACAGAGGCUACUGAAACACUACGGGGAACUUUAGCACAGUUGAAGGAAAGGUACAAUUCAGGCAUCAAGUCGUUAGAUGAUAUAGCAGGGAAUAUGGAUAAAGACAGCCAAUCAACUUUGAAUGACUUGAACUCGGAAGUGACAAAACAUUCUAGUGCAUUGGAAGAUAUCUUUAAAGGAUUCACAUCAGAGGCCUACGCACUACUUGAAGGGCUUCAAGGUAGCCUUCACAAUCAAGAGGAGAAGCUCUCUGCAUUCACACAGCAACAGCGCGAAUUGCAUUCCCGAUCAAUGGAGUCCGCUAAGUCCAUCUCCACGGUGAUGUUAGACUUCUUCAAGACGCUAGACACGCAUGCCACUAAGCUAACAAAGUUAGCAGAAGAAGCUCAAAACGUCAACGAGCAGAAACUAUAUGCAUUUACAAAGAAAUUUGAGGAAUCCAUUGCAAAUGAAGAAAAACAAAUGCUUGAGAAAGUGGCAGAAUUACUAGCAAGUUCACACGCAAGGAAGAAAGAAUUGGUUCAGAUAGCUGUGCAGGAUAUUCGUGAAGGAUCAUCUUCCCAAACCGGUGCAUUGCAGCAAGAAAUGUCUGCGAUGCAAGAUUCAGCUUCGUCCAUCAAACUUCAAUGGAAUGCUCACAUGGACCAAGCAGAAUCUCAUCAUCUCGAUAACAUUUCUGCAGUUGAAGUUGCAAAGGAAGAUAUGCAGAAACUGCUUCUAAAAUGCCUGGAGAAUUCAAGAAGCGGAACUCAACAAUGGAAGACUGCUCAAGAAUCAUUGCUCGAUCUAGAAAGAAGGAAUGUUGCAACAGCAGAUUCUAUCAUCCGAGGAGCCAAAGAAAACAACGAUAAACUACGAGCUCAGUUUUCUUCUGCGGUCAAAACUACUUUAAGCGAUGUGGAUUCCGCAAACAGCGAUAUCCUCUCAUCCAUUGACCAUUCGUUACAGCUCGAUAAAGACGCAUCAGCGGACAUCAAUUCCACAAUCGCUCCUUGUUCUGGAAACUUAAAAGAAGUAAGAACCCACCACGAUGACAACGUUGUCGAAAUCAAACAGAACACAGGGAAAUGUCUUGGUCACGAGUACAAGGUGGAUGAAGCGACGAGCUCAACGCCGAGGAAGAGACAAUACAACAUUCCAACGGUUGGAUCGAUUGAAGAACUUAAAACGCCGUCGUUUGAGGAAUUGUUGAAAGCGUUUAAGUCAUCCAAACAAAUGCAGCUAUCUAACGGAGAAGCUAAACACGUUAGUAACGGUCGACCUCCGUUAACGGCCAUCAACUGA